CAGAAUAUAGGCUGAGUGAUGAAGAAUUGUCAGAGCAGCAGGAAAUUAACAAGAGACUGGCUCUUUCUUCAGAUGCUUCCACUUUAAGUUUUUCUGGUUAUCCAUGUGCUGGUGUUAUGCCCAGUAAACAACAGGAAAACCAAUAAUAGAGCAGACCCGAAUGGAUCUGAAGACAGUCAACCAGAUCUCAAACUAUUUCAAUGCUAAUAAAGUAUCUUGUGAUCAGAAAGAUGGUUCAUCCUGCAACUCCCAUGUUUCUCCUGGUUAUCCAAUGGAAACUUGACUGGAAAUACUGGAUUGACUGAACCCAACACUAGGAAAGGAGAAAUCUUUCGUUAGAAAUCGAACUCCCAGGAAAAAGAAUGCAAGUUCACUGCUUUGGGCUUGAAACGGGGCUUCCACAGCAAAUUGUAGAUGGAAAUGUUGAAUUUGACUCAGAUGAGGGUGGUCCUAACAUUUGUCUCAGGCAAUCAUUGAUAAGACAUUCUGAAUGGAACAAUUGAAGCAUUAAGCUGGAAACUUCGAAUUGUUUCAUUGCCAGGUGAAACGCAACCAAACCCUCUGAAUUUUGCAAACGUUUGCCGUCAAUCUGUCUGAUUUCCAUUGUUUGCUGAUAUCAGCCAGUCAGCCUAAGUAAAGAGACACCUGAUGGUAACCUCUCUUGUGUUUUGGAGCUUGUGUUUAUAGACGUCCAUGUUUGUAGACUGGCUUACUGCCUGAUUUGGGAAUCCUGUUUUUAUAGUCAAUCUGAACAAACUUUAUGAGCAAAUCACAUGGAAAUGGAAGGAAAGGAAGGUAAACGUUUACCCUUGAAACUUCAAGUAGCAACCUCAAACUUUUCUUUUUUUUUUUGUGACUGUAAACAUGACUGCUUUUGUUAGACUGACAUCAUUACAUACUCCUUCCUUAAUGCAUGAGCUGUUGCAGCCCAUUAAGUUGCAGGUUCAUGCGAAGCUAAUGAUAUGUUAAUUGCUUGUGUCUUUGCAUUCCGUCUUCUCAUCAGGCCAUGAAAUUAGUAGUGACACACCAAAUGGAGUAUAAAGAUGGUUACAUAUUGGAUUGAUGUGCAAUUGGUGGUUCAACUUGCUGUGAUUACUUGUUGUAUAUUGAUUUGGAAUCAAUUGGUGGUUGCACAUUGAACUGACGUGCAAUUAAUUGAUGGUCUACAUUGAUGUGGAAAUGUUGGUUGCAUAUUGGAUUGAUUGGUGUGCUGGUGGUUCUAGAUGUCUGGCACCGAUUGCUUGUCUAACUGCAGGCCAUUGAAUUUUUUUUAAUGACUCAGCUCAGGCUGUAAUUUAUUGGCUUUAUAAAAACCUUAAUGGUCCCUUUCCUAGUACUACCUUUUUCUCUCUCUCCUGUUCCUUCUCAUAACUCAUAAGUGCACAGCUUGCUUUGUGCCACAAAAUAUCAGAGAUGGCAAGUGCUAGUUCAGCAGAAAGUGCACGCUGGAUGCCCCCUGACAACCUCAAGCUGGUCACCAUCCUGAGCAUCGACGGCGGUGGCAUCAGGGGGAUCAUCCCGGCCACCAUCCUCGCCUUCCUUGAAGCAAAGCUCCAAGAACUGGAUGGGCCAGAUGCUAGGAUUGCAGACUACUUCGAUGUCGUCGCUGGCACUAGCACUGGCGGCCUCUUGACUGCGAUGCUUACAGCCCCAGACACUAACGGACGACCACUUUUCGCUGCCAAGGACCUGGCGCGGUUCUACAUAAAGCACUCUCCCAAAAUCUUCCGACAGAAGAACCAUAUCCGGUCCAAGAUCGCCAGCAAGCUGAGGAUGCUGUCAGGGCCCAAGUACGAUGGCAAGUAUCUCCAUGCGCUGCUCCGUCGGUACCUCGGUGACAUGAGGCUGGACAGGACGCUGACCAACAUUGUCAUCCCGACCUUCGACAUUGCAUACAUGCAACCUACGAUUUUCUCCACCUUUGAGUUGAAGCACCAGCCGUCGAAAAAUGCGCUCCUGUCGGACAUAUCAAUGAGCACCUCGGCUGCACCAACCUUCUUCCCGCCACACUACUUCGAGACGAAGGACAAGAAUGGCAGGAGGAAGGCCUUCAACCUCGUGGAUGGUGGCCUCGCCGCGAACAACCCCACUCUGUGCGCGAUGAACCAGGUGUCCCAGGACAUCAUCCUGGGGAACGAGCACUUCUUCCCGAUGAAGCCAGCAGACUACGGCAAGUUCAUGGUGAUCUCCCUCGGCUGCGGGUCAAACCGGAACCGCAGGUACUGCGCCAAGGUGGCAGCCAAGUGGGGCAUCUUCAGCUGGCUCAUCAAGAACGGCACUGCCCCCAUCGUCGACAUGCUCAACUCCGCCAGCGCUGACAUGGUCGACAUCAACCUCUGCGUCCUUUUCCGCGCCCUGCGCUCCAGCGAGAACUACCUGCGGAUUCAGUACGAUCAAUUGACGGGCAGCGCGGGCUCUAUAGACGACUGCUCCAAGGAGAACAUGGAUAAACUGGUGAGGAUUGGGAAGAGGCUCCUGAACAUGAACGUCUCCCGGGUGGACCUGGAGACCGGCCGGAUCGUGGAGGUGCCUGGCCUGGGCAGCAAUGCCGAGCAGCUCACCAGAUUUGCGAAGCAGCUCUCCGACGAGCGGCGCCGGCGCCAGGACGAGCUUAUUUAUUCCGAAGUAGGAUUCCAAAAUUUAGCUUGGUGACAAUUGAAAUGCAUGCCGAUCGAAUGGAUUUUCAACGGUGUAUCUAGCUGUCAGUGUUGUUCGUGCCUUGGCAUUCCCAUGUAUCUUGUCGAUCGUGUUAUUAUCACAUACUGUGAUAUUAUCAACACGCUAGACGUGUUUUAUUUUAUACUGCGAAAGCAAUUCUUUGGAUUUCUGAAA